UAAGCAGCAUUUUGUUGAUGCAUUGCUCACUCUUCAAAAGCAAUAUGAAUUGAGCGAUGACACUGUCAUUGGACUCCUUUGGGACAUGAUUACUGCUGGCAUGGAUACAACCACAAUCUCAGUAGAAUGGGCAAUGGCAGAGCUGGUAAAGAAUCCAAGGGUGCAGCAAAAGGCGCAAGAGGAACUUGACCGAGUCAUUGGCUCCGAUAGAAUCAUGACUGAAGCUGAUUUUGCAAAGCUCCCAUACUUACAAUGUGUAGCUAAGGAAGCUCUAAGGCUGCACCCUCCAACUCCACUAAUGCUUCCUCAUAGAGCCAAUGCCAAUGUGAAGAUCGGUGGUUAUGACAUCCCUAAAGGGUCUAUCGUGCACGUUAACGUCUGGGCAAUUGCUCGUGAUCCUGCAACCUGGAAAAAUCCACUGGAAUUCCGACCUGAGAGAUUCCUGGAGGAAGAUGUUGACAUCAAGGGCCACGAUUAUCGGCUCCUGCCUUUUGGUGCUGGAAGGAGGAUCUGCCCUGGUGCACAACUUGCACUCAAUCUGGUCACUUCUAUGCUGGGGCAUUUGUUGCACCACUUUACUUGGUCUCCACCACCUGGGGUCAGCCCUGAAGAGAUUGACCUGGAAGAGAGCCCUGGAACAGUUACUUAUAUGAGAACCGCUUUGCAAGCUGUUGCAACACCAAGAUUGCCUGCACAUUUGUACAAUCGUGUGCCAGUAGAGCUGUAAUGCUUCCUUUCUCUUGUUACUAAAUUUUCAGCUUGCAAGAGUUGCUUCACUUCCAACCCUCCAUUUGAUUGUGAAGAACUUGUUGGAUUCUACGAGGUAUUUGUGGAAAGCUAUAUUUUUCUAGAAAAAAUAAAGUAAGGGUUCUCUAUGAUCUAAAGAGAUUUUCUUUUAUUGUCAAACUUUACCACAAUUUAGUUUGAUCUCAAACUUUUUGAA